AUGGCACGCACGGAAGAACCACUGGAUGCGCCCGAUGGGUCCGCCUUGACAUGGAUCUUCGAUCAUUGCCUUCGGUAUCCCGGUACCUACGAGAUCCCAUUGCGUUCCAUGUAUGCGUUGAACUGCAACCCCACGAGACAACCGUCUUCCACUACCCGUCAGCCUGAAACAGCCUUUCACCGUCCGACCAAUUCGUCCUCCUCUCAGGACUCGAUGGACCUCGCUGCCGAUUUCCGAGCUCAAUUGAGCCAUCAAAUCUCCCGUUUACCUUCGCAGCCAUGCAACCUGCCCCCCAGCUUCGUCACCUCCUUCGUGCGUCGCUGCUUCACUCCCCAAUUGGAAGAGGUCGAUUUCCCUCAGGCCUUGACUGCCUUGGAUUACCUCAAAGACUUUGAGAUUCGUCGUCGGAAGGAGGUUGCCGCCGCUCUGCAGCGGUUGGGCGUGGAGCCGGACGACGUGAAGGAAACAUCCGCAUUCGCUAAGAAGAAUCCUGGCGUGAUCGCCUGGCUCGAGUCGCUCAAUGCUCAAGGUCGCCGCAUCGAGGCUCUGUACACUCAAGUCUACGUCGGUCUCCGUCGCUGGACCCUGAUCAAUGAGAUGUUGAUGGAGCCUUUUAACAAGGCCAACUGUAUUGCCAUGCUCAAUACAUUGUUCCCCCCGGUCACAGACGCGACUGUACCCCCGACCUCCUACCUGACUCCUAACCACCUGAGGUCUCAGCGGGAUGGUUUCUUCCGGUAUAUUGCAGCUGUGGGUCGCAAUGGCCCGGAUGUGCUCAAUGACAUCAUUGCUCAGGGCGCCCAACCAGGAGAUGACAAUGGCUGGCCGGUGGUCCGAGACGUUCUCGAUCGAUACCUGCGUGCAGCGAAUGACAUUUACGAUGACUGCAGCACGGUUACUGGUCUUGCUAGCUUUGCUAGCUUUGCAGAGGGCACGGAGUCUCAGCCUCGGGGUCACAAAGGUCGCAAGGUUGAUUCCGGGAUCAGUUUCGGCUCAGCGGAGAAGAUCCUCGCCUCGGGUGGUGAGAGCAGCAAGGAGGCUGAGGAUAUUCUGGACAAGCCUCUUCCCCCACCCCCAUCAACCAGACCCCCUCACAAGUCGGGUUCUACUCUGGAGCGGCUGACUCGGGAACUUCGCAAGCUGGGAGAAUCCGGCAAGGUCAAGAGCCUCAAGAAGAUGAGAUCCACGAGUGCUCUGGCAGUCCGGUCGGACAAUGUGCCCAGUCGCUCCGAAGAAGAAUCAAUCUUCGAAAUUGAUGAGAUGAAGCGUAGGCGGCUUCUUUGGGAAGCGUCCAAUCGCAAGAAAGCUCACUCGAAGCAGUCCAGCACGGGCUCGCGUUAA